AUGUCUUUCGCGAGCAGCCUCAGGAAACUCCUCCCCAUCAAUAGACCUGAGAAAGGCCACGCGAGACGCGCGCGCACAAUCGGCCUCUCUGAAUCACUUCAAGAUGGCGCAGAGCCAUUCAAGAAAUCAGAAACACCUGUCUCUGAUUCCAGGAACGAGUCAGCAGACAGAAUAGUCCGCUGGAAUACAGCCAUUGAGCCCAGCUCAAAUACGUCCCCUAGCACACGCUCACAGCAACUCUACCUCGCGCACCGCGAGAAGCGUCGCCUCCGCCGCAGCCUCAGGGAGUCUGGCGACUAUCUUGGAGUCCAGGGCAUCAAUCCGGUAACUGGGGAACUCGACGUGCUCACACCAACGACCAGCUCUGCAAGUGAAUUUGCGUCCCUCGCCCAGACGGUGGCAGACAAGAGGAGUGCAUACGAGACGGCAAGGAGAAAGCUGCAAGCGGAAAAGAUGCGCAAGUGGGAGAGGGACAAGGAGGCUAUCAAGGCCGAGCAUCGGAACAACGUGAGGUGGAUGAAGAACAGGUCAGGGUGGAGCUCAGCGAUCGAGCCGGCCCUGAGCCCCAUUGCGCAGAGCAGUGCGACCACAACACCGCGGGAUGAGGAGUCGACGGGCACGGUUGUGCGAACACCAUCUGUGAGACAUGCCUCCCAAGACGACCCUGAGCACUCUCGUACCACCGGUACCACACCUGGGCAGUCCUUGAACAAUGGUGUCACAAGCGGGUUGAGGCGCAAACCAGUUCUUCAAAAUGCGCAAGCCCGCACUUUGUCCUCACAACGCAGCUACAGCGACCUUAUCCCCGUUGAAUCGGAAUUCCCAGGCGAGAUGUCUCCGAGACCUCCCAGAGUCGGACCCAAGCCAGAGGUAUCUGUCACUGGUGCUUUGCGGGACAGAGCGGGAUCCUAUGGUACACGCUCGGGUCGUGGCACAGGGCACGAGGAGCCUCGGAAUGUACCUUUCCAGCGGCGAUACGAUGACUCAGGAACAGUGACAAGCCGGCAGCGAUCAGCUUCUUCAGCACUCCAUAUCAGGUCAAGGUCCACGCCGGAGUCGGAUCUCGACCCUUCCAAGCCCGGUUCGAUGACCUACGGGUACUAUGCGGACCAGCAAGGCAGCCAGAAGAGCGAGCCUCGCGGGCAACCUCCGAGGUCAUCGUAUUCAAGGGCUUCCGAAUCGAGAACCGCGUCUUCAGCGCUCGAAAAUCGAAAAAGUCGCAGGAAAACUAGAAGUGAUGGAAUCACCAUCGGCGGGAGUUCCUACAAAGAGGCCAGGAAGAAUACCGGCGGCAAGGUCUGUCUCCACACGCAUCACCACCAUUACUGGAUCCUGUCGGACUCCGUGGCACUUCAGUCCAUGCCAAACCUCCGGUCGUCAAGAGAGCGGGUGCCACUUCAGAAAGCGGAUGAGAAUCGCAGGAUGGCUGCUUUCCCUGAUGAAAGCGAUGUUGAGGGCCUGGCCGAGGCGAGAAGGCCUCCCUCACGUAACACAAACCGUCGGUAUUUCAUAGAAGGAUAG